AUGAAUGGAGGAUCUCUACUGUCGCAAUACGUGACUCCGUAUGCUACCUACUUGCUCAAAGCUGUUCAAGGAUUCCAGAGCCAAGGAUUCUCGGUUUAUGCGAUAUCCAUCCAGAAUGAACCGCAGAACAGUAAUCCCACGUACCCAACAUGUACUAUGAGUGUCGACAUCGAAGGACAAAUUGGAACCACAUUGAGAUCACUUCUAAACAAUAAUUCGCUGUCAAGUGUAAAAAUCGUCGGUUACGAGCACAACUGGGACAAUGCUGGUACUUAUCCUGUACAGUUGAUGAGCUCAUAUGGUAGUGCUUUCUCGGGAGCGGCAUUCCAUUGUUACGCAGGAUCAGUUGGGAAUCAGGAUCAGUUACACAACGCUUACCCAUCUAAGGAAAUAUAUUUUACUGAGUGCUCAGGAACCAUCGGCUCCGAUUGGUGGAGUGAUAUCAAGUGGUACAUAGAUAACCUAUGGGUCGGAAGUUUAGAGCAUAACGCUCGCUCAGGCCUCAUGUGGAAUAUCGCCCUUGACGGAAACGGGAAUCCCAAAACACCAGGUACCAAUAGCUGUGGUGGGCCAGGCUGCCGGGCAAUCGUUACCGUUAACAGCGACGGAAGCUACUCCUUUAAUCAAGAAUUCUAUUCGAUGGCCCAGGCAUCAAAGGCAAUUAUACCGAAGGAUCCUGGAGGGCCAUUUGGCCAGCGAAUCGGUGUCAGCGUCGGCGGGUCGCUGAACUGGGCGCUCAGAGUAGGCGCCUAUGUCACAGGGCGGGUUUCAUCAAGUGAUUGGCUAAGAUAUUCCAUCGUUGUUCUGAACUGGAACGACAACGCUUCCUCGUCAUGGAAUCCUCAACCCGUGAAGACAACAAUCGAAUUUAGGGGAAUGCAAGCAACGUACACGUUCCCCGUUGGGGUUACAACCUUGUGGUGGUUUGCACCUGCUACUGGUUCCAAUGCUAGGGAGAUCAAUGUGCAGACCUACUCUAAUGGUACUAAUACGACCAUGGCUAUUUGA